AUGUCAUUAAAACCAUUUACAUAUCUGUUGCCUGAGACAAGGUUUCUUCAUGCAGGCAGACUUGUGUAUAAGUUUAAAAUCCGUUAUGGUAGCUUCAAAAGUGCUUCUGAACUAGAUAACACUGAAAGUGCUGUCAAGGAGUUAGAGGAAGCAAUUCGAGUAAUCCUUGGAAAUCUUGACGAUUUACAUCCAUUUUCUACAGACCACUUCACUGUCUUUCCCUAUUUGCAUAAGUGGGAGAGAGUAUCAAAAAUGAGAUUCAAACACAAAAAUGUACAUCUUUUGCCUUAUCCCUACAUUUGCACUAUGUAUCUAGAACUCAACUCAUUUCAGCAAAAUUUAUCUUUUGGUAAAGAAGUAAACAAUGACAGUUAUGAACUUGUCAAGAGAAGAAAUGAGAUGUCAGAAAGUACUGAAAUGGAAGAAACAGUGAAGAGGAGAAGACUUGAAGGUCAAGCAGAGACCUCAUACCCAAAGUCAUGUAUCAACAGACCUGGAGCUGAGAACGUUCACCAUAUAAUUAAAGCAAAGCAUGGAUUUGAAAUGAAUUAUUCCAAAGAAAUUCAGUGUGAGCAUAGUCCAGCAUCCUUUACCAUGGGCUGUAACCAAGAGAGUUUAUGGGAACCUGUGGAAUAUAGUGUGGAACAAAGUACAGAAACCAGUCAGGCUGAAGGUGAAAUGCAGCUACUGCAGCAGAUGGACCAAAUCAGGAACAACAGAAUUGUGCAGUCAAAAGGAAGAGGUCUCUCAAAGUUCUGGAGAAGCAUAUUCUUUUCUCCACUACAGCAUCUUUUUGGUGGAAAGAACUGA